CGCCCGCGCCGCCCGCCGCCCGCGCCAACGCCGCCAAGGCUCCGCUGGGAUCCGAGGGCUGGCUGGGGGAGCCGCCGCCGCGCCAGGACACGGCCAGCCAGGAGGCCAUGCUGCGGGUGCUGGACGCGGGGCUGGAGCGCUGCCUGGCGCUGCACUCGGCCGUGCAGUGCAUCCCCGUGCCCCGGCACAGGAAGCUCUCGGGCAAGGCGGGCAUUGAUGAGGUGAUGGCAGCUGCGGUGCUCACCAGCCUCUCCGCCAGCCCGCUGGUGCUGGGGCACCCACCGGCCACUCAUGCCCCAGAGCCUGGCAGCGAGGUCUGGAAGGAGGCUCCUGCCAUGUCCUCCAGCUGCAGCAGCAGCAGCAACACCAGCGGGGACUGGAGCUGGGACCCCUCCAGCGACCGAUCCACCCCCUCCACCCCCUCACCCCCCCUCUCCAGCCACGUCCCCAGCACCUUCCUGCCUGGCCCACUGCCAGAUGAGGGCCCUGAUGAGCCCGACGGCACCCACUUCGUCUUUGGAGAGCCCACCCCACGGAAGAGGAAGAACUCCACCAAGGUGAUGUUCAAGUGCUUGUGGAAGAGCUGCGGCAAAGUCCUCAGCAGCUCCUCAGGGAUGCAGAAGCACAUCCGAACCAUGCACCUUGGCCGGAAAGCCGACCUGGAGCAGAGCGACGGGGAGGAGGAUUUCUACUACACGGAGCUGGACGUGGACGUGGACGCGCUGACUGACGGGCUCUCCAGCCUCACCCCGGUCUCUCCCACCUCCUCGGUGCCUCCCGCCUUUCCCGGCCCCGAGGCUCCUCUGCCGCCGGCGCUGCCGAUCCUCGACCUGGCCCUGGCCUCCCCCUGCAGCCCCCCGGGCCCCCCCGGCCGCUGCCACGUCCACACUGACCACGCGUACCAGGACUGCCGGACCCCGCCACGGCCACCGGUGUCCCCCACUGUCCCCACCCCGCCACCACCCAAGCCGCCGGCCGUGCCCAGGCGGCCGCGGGGGGAGGCCAAGAAGUGCCGCAAGGUGUACGGCAUGGAGCACCGGGAGAUGUGGUGCACGGCGUGCCGCUGGAAGAAGGCCUGCCAGCGCUUCCUCGACUGACGGAGCCCCGCCGCUCCCUCCUUCUUGCACAUUUUGCACUCGAGGUGCCUUCGCGCCCCCCCCGGCCGCCCCCCGGACUCAGGGA